AAAAAGAUAAAAGCUACCCAAAUAAUUCACUAUCAUGGAGAGAGAAUGUACACAGAAGGGAAAACUUAUAAAACUUUCUUGUUUUCUCGAUGUUCCUACUAAAAUUAAUGUUCUUGUUUCUUUCUUAUUAAUUGUCUUGUUUUUAGUGGAUGAUGCUAAAAGCUGAUUUGAGCUGUGCAUGAUUUGUCGUGUUUAUAUGGUGCUAUGUUCUUUUUCUUUGCCCUUUCACAGUGAAUAAGCCAGGAUGUGUAUUUGUUUUGCUUUAAAAUCCUUUUACUGGACAAAUUAUUGAAGUAUUAGUAACCAUGAAAUCUUUCGUCGAUUUCUUUUGAAAACCCAUUUAGAUUCUUAACCAAGUUCUCUGUCAAUCUGUUAGGCUUUCGCAGAUGGGCUUCCAUUAAGCUUAUAAUUCACUAUCAUGGAGACAGAACCCCAUUUCUUCAAGCUAAUUCUUGAUGCUUCUAUCCAGGAGGGAAAACUUUUUUAUGAUUGCUCUGUAUUUCAUCUGCUGAGUGGAUAUGUGGGAUGAGUUAGAUUCAAUAUAUGAAUCAGGAGAUUCCCAAAAAGUUCAUAAGGAAGCAUGGAAAGGAUUUGCCAAGUCCAGUGAUCCUUAAGGUCGCCAAUGGUUCUAUAUGGAAAAUAGAGUUGUCCAAAUGCCAUGGUGAAGUUUGGCUGGAGAAGGGUUGGCAGGAAUUUGCUAAGCAUCACUCUCUGGACCAUGGAUACUUUUUAGUCUUCAAAUAUGAAGGACAUGGCCAUUUCUGUGUGUUCAUACUUGACAAGAGUGCAUCAGAGAUACAGUAUCCAUGUGAAGGGAUCUGCACUGCAGAUCAAAAGCCUGAACCUGUGGUGGAAAAUAAUGAAGAUGGUUUCUCUGUUGAAAUCAUGGAUGAUCCGUCUCAAGGAAGAAAAGCUGGGGAGAUGUCACCAUUAUCACCACAUCAGCAGUCUUGCAAAAGAACCAGAACUGAUCCAACUGCUAAAACAUUGGAUUCGAUGUUUUGCAGUUCAACUGAAUAUCUUAGCAAUAAAGCCACUCCAUCUACUUGUAUAAAGGUUGAGAGUUCAAUUUGUUCCAAGGGAUUUGGAGGAAUGCUCAAGCAAUUAACAGGAAGCAAAAAGGAUGCCUGUAGGAAGAGAACAAGGAGUGAUUCUAAAGCUCUUGCGAAUGCAAACAAGUUCGUGUCGAGUAAUCCAUUCUUCAAGUCUGUUGUCUGGUUAGAUAAGCGGAAGAAUUCUAUUGUGUGUGUCCCAGUGAGCUUCAGCCGGAGAAACAUUAAGGACUGCGUAGCAAAUUUAACACUUCAAUUUGGUGAUAGAUUAUGGCCUGUGAAGUUGAUAAGAUAUUCAAAGUGGAAUGUAGUAAGGUUUUGCAGCGGUUGGUCUGUAUUUGCACGGGAAAAUUCACUAGAAAUGGGAGAUGUUUGCAUCUUUGAGCUGAUAAAGAUUGAUGUGUUGAAUGUAUACAUUUUCAAAUGUGAUAAAUAAAUGCUUUGUGUUGUUGCCAUUAUUUUCUUUCUCUUGGUUAGUACUUGGAACUUGGAAACCGUAAGAAGACAAGAAAUCAUUGGACAA